CUGGGGGCGGGGCGGCGCGCGGGGUCACGUGACGUGCGUGGCGACGUGUCGGCCAUCUUGUGUUGUUGAGGCUGAGGAUUGACUUGGGUUCUGAGAGACUCCUGUCCCGGACCGCAGUGUUAAAAAAAGACCUGAAAACAUUUGCUGAAAUCUCCUGGUGUGAGAUAGCAGAACUUUUGAAAAGGUUUCUCCACAUAUAAAAAUCUUUUUAAAAAUACGGAGAAGAAUGGCGGCAGAAACACAGACACUAAACUUUGGGCCUGAAUGGCUCCGUGCUCUCUCCAGUGGUGGGAGUAUCACGUCCCCUCCUCUUUCUCCUGCCCUGCCAAAGUAUAAAUUAGCAGAUUAUCGUUAUGGCCGAGAAGAAAUGUUAGCACUUUUCCUUAAAGACUACAAGAUACCUAUUGACCUUACGGAGAAAGAAUUCCUGCCUAUAUUACAGGAGGAGCCCCUGCCACCAUUGGCUCUAGUGCCCUUUACAGAAGAGGAGCAGAGAAACUUUUCCAUGUCUGUAAAUAGUGCCGCUGUCCUGCGAUUGACAGGACGAGGAGGAGGAGGAGGAACAGUGGUGGGGGCUCCUAGAGGUCGAAGUUCUUCAAGAGGGCGAGGCAGAGGUAGAGGUGAAUGUGGUUUCUACCAAAGAAGUUUUGAUGAAGUAGAGGGUGUGUUCGGGCGAGGAGGAGGCAGGGAAAUGCAUAGAUCACAAAGCUGGGAAGAAAGGGGUGACAGGCGCUUUGAAAAACCAGGAAGAAAAGAUGUAGGGAGACCAAAUUUUGAGGAAAGUGGACCAAUAUCUGUGGGGAGAAAGCAUGAAUUUAUACGGUCAGAAAGUGAAAACUGGCGAAUCUAUAGAGAGGAACAGAAUGGAGAAGAUGAAGAUGGAGGUUGGCGAUUAGCUGGAUCAAGAAGAGAUGGAGAGAGGUGGCGACCUCACAGUCCUGAUGGCCCUCGUUCCACAGGCUGGCGGGAACACAUGGAGCGCCGCCGGAGGUUCGAGUUUGAUUUUCGAGACCGAGAGGAUGAGCGGGGUUACCGGCGGGUGCGCUCUGGCAGUGGGAGCAUUGAUGACGACAGGGAUAGCUUGCCAGAAUGGUGUUUAGAGGAUGCUGAAGAAGAAAUGGGCACGUUUGACUCCUCUGGAGCAUUCCUCUCUCUAAAAAAAGUGCAGAAAGAACCUAUUCCCGAAGAGCAGGAGAUGGACUUCAGGCCUGUGGAGGAGGGAGAGGAGCAUUCUGACUCUGACAGCAGCCAUAAUGAAGAGGCCAAAGAACCUGAUAGGACAGAUAGGAGAGAGGGAGAGAAGUCAGACGGAGCAGGAGCCGGUGAGGAAGCACCCCAAACGUCAUUGUCACGUGCUAGACCAGGUACCCCGCCGGAUCACCAGCCUCAAGAAGCACCACAGUUUGAGAGGAAAGAUGAACCCAAAGCUGAACAAAUGGAAAAGGCUGAAGAAGAGAGUCGGACAGAAAACAGUCUCCCAGCCAAGGUCCCCAGCAGAGGAGAUGAAACUGUGCCUGCCUCCCAACAACCCUCGACACCGCUUCCUCCAGACACAGCCUCUCCUCUCCUCAUCCUUCCACCUCCUGUUCCCACUCCUAGUUCUGCCUCACGGCCAGUUGAGACAGCAGCCAUCGAAGCUCCUAGCAUGGGCAGUGUUUCCACAGAGCCAGAUGAUGAAGAGGGCCUCAAACACCUGGAACAGCAAGCUGAGAAGAUGGUGGCUUAUCUCCAAGACAGUGCACUAGAUGAUGAAAGAUUGACAUCAAAACUGCAAGAGCACAGAGCUAAAGGCGUGUCAAUUCCACUGAUGCAUGAAGCAAUGCAAAAGUGGUAUUACAAAGACCCUCAGGGGGAGAUCCAAGGCCCCUUUAACAAUCAGGAGAUGGCCGAAUGGUUUCAGGCGGGCUAUUUUACUAUGUCUUUGCUGGUGAAGAGAGCAUGUGAUGAAAGCUUCCAGCCUCUUGGUGAUAUCAUGAAAAUGUGGGGAAGGGUUCCUUUCUCUCCAGGCCCAGCCCCUCCUCCUCAUAUGGGAGAAUUGGACCAGGAACGCCUGACCAGACAGCAGGAACUCACUGCCUUAUACCAGAUGCAGCAUCUCCAGUACCAGCAGUUCUUAAUACAACAACAAUAUGCACAGGUUUUGACUCAACAGCAGAAAGCAGCUUUGUCGUCUCAGCAGCAGCAACAGGUGGCUCUUCUUCUCCAGCAGUUCCAGGGUCUGAAGAUAAGAAUGUCUGAUCAGAACAUCAUUCCCUCAGUAACUAGGUCUGUGUCAGUGCCAGAUACGGGCUCUAUCUGGGAGCUUCAGCCAGCAGCCUCACAGCCUGCAGUCUGGGAAGGUGGUAGUGUAUGGGAUCUUCCCCUGGACACCACAACACCAGGCCCUUCACUGGAGCAGCUCCAACAGCUAGAGAAGGCCAAAGCUGCAAAGCUAGAGCAGGAGAGAAGAGAGGCAGAAAUGAGGGCAAAAAGGGAAGAAGAGGAACGAAAGAGGCAAGAAGAACUCCGGAGACAACAGGAAGAAAUCCUUCGGAGACAGCAGGAGGAAGAAAGGAAAAGACGGGAAGAGGAGGAGCUUGCUCGAAGGAAGCAGGAGGAGGCCCUGCGACGCCAGCGGGAGCAAGAGAUUGCACUAAGGCGACAGCGAGAAGAGGAGGAAAGACAGCAGCAGGAAGAAGCUCUUAGAAGACUGGAGGAGCGGAGGAGAGAGGAAGAAGAAAGGCGGAAGCAGGAAGAGCUGUUACGCAAGCAGGAAGAGGAAGCUGCCAAAUGGGCCCGGGAAGAAGAAGAAGCCCAGCGUCGACUGGAAGAGAACCGGCUGCGCAUGGAAGAGGAGGCAGCCAGACUUCGGCACGAGGAAGAGGAACGGAAACGGAAGGAGCUGGAGCUGCAGCGGCAGAAGGAGCUGUUGCGCCAGAGGCAGCAGCAGCAAGAGGCCCUCCGGAGGCUGCAGCAGCAGCAACAGCAGCAGCAGCUUGCACAGAUGAAGCUUCCCUCUUCCUCAACGUGGGGACAACAGUCUAAUACAACAACAUGUCAGUCCCAGGCCACACUGUCAUUGGCUGAAAUCCAGAAGCUAGAAGAAGAACGAGAACGGCAGCUUCGAGACGAGCAAAGGCGUCAGCAGAGGGAAUUGAUGAAAGCUCUCCAGCAGCAGCAACAGCAGCAGCAACAACAGAAACUCUCAGGUUGGGGGAAUGUCAGCAAACCUGCAGGUACCACCAAGUCUCUUCUGGAGAUCCAGCAGGAAGAGGCCAGGCAGAUGCAGAAGCAACAGCAGCAGCAGCAGCAGCAGCAGCAGCAGCAGCAGCACCAGCAAACAAACAGAGCCCGGAACAGCACACAUUCCAACCUGCACACCAGCAUUGGGAAUUCUGUAUGGGGCUCUAUAAACACGGGUCCUCCUAACCAGUGGGCCUCUGAUCUAGUCAGUAGUAUCUGGAGUAAUGCAGACACUAAAAACUCCAACAUGGGGUUUUGGGAUGAUGCAGUGAAAGAGGUGGGACCUAGAAAUUCAACAAAUAAAAAUAAAAACAACGCCAGUCUCAGUAAAUCUGUAGGUGUGUCUAACCGGCAGAAUAAGAAAGUAGAAGAAGAAGAAAAGUUGCUGAAGCUCUUUCAGGGAGUAAAUAAAGCCCAAGAUGGAUUUACCCAGUGGUGUGAACAGAUGCUUCAUGCCCUUAAUACGGCAGAUAACUUGGAUGUUCCCACGUUUGUUUCUUUCUUGAAAGAAGUGGAAUCUCCCUAUGAAGUCCAUGACUAUAUCAGGGCCUAUUUAGGAGAUACUUCUGAGGCCAAGGAGUUUGCCAAGCAGUUCCUUGAGCGCCGUGCCAAACAGAAAGCCAGCCAACAGCGUCAACAACAGCAGCAGCAGCAGCAGCAGCAGCAACAGCAGCAGCAGCAGCAGCAGCAGCAGGACUCUGUUUGGGGGAUGAACCACAGUACACUCCAUUCGGUAUUUCAGACCAAUCAAAGCAACAACCAACAAUCCAAUUUUGAGGCUGUGCAAAGUGGCAAGAAGAAGAAAAAGCAGAAGAUGGUUCGAGCAGAUCCCAGUUUGUUAGGGUUUUCAGUCAAUGCGUCAUCAGAGCGACUCAACAUGGGUGAGAUUGAGACUCUGGAUGACUACUGAGUACCUGCCGUUGUGCCAGCCUUCCCCCUUCUGCCUAGUGACCGUGGAUUCUCUUCAUUGGACAAAACAUGCAUUCACCAUUUGCUCUGUCACUCUGCAACAAAUCACAGAACCAAUCAUCUCAGGCUUUUUUUUCCCCCCUAGCCCCUUGUGUCCAAGAUUAUUUAAAAUCACUGUUGGUGAGCAUCUCAGACUGCACCUAAGUGGACCAGACCCUUUGUCUUGGGGGGUGGCAGUUGGGAUUGCUCCCCAGCAGGGCUGAUAUUGGCAGCACACAUUCACUGUGUUGAUUUCACCUACUGUCUCUUGAAAGUGUGUUGGAAUCUGCCAAUAGCAGAUUGCUUUCUCUUGUCACUUUUUUUGUUCUCUUUUGUUUUUUUCUCUCCACCCUUUACCCAACCCCAACACAGGCAAAGGGCCUUAACUGGUGCAGUCAUGAACAGAGUUACUGGUUAAUAGACACUGACCAGCAACACAAUGCCCCCUGGACUUCACUAUUCUUAGUAACUUCACUAUUGCCAGAGAUGGGCAGAACUGUGCUGUCUGAGGUUGCAUGGCCGUUGCUAACUUCAGGAUUGCAUCGGAGGCCCUAAGGGUGGAUUGUAGAUUGGCUUGUUUGAUGUUGCACACCCCUCACUUGUUCUUUCUGAAUAUCUUUCUGAAGAAAGGAUUCAUGUCUUCUUCAUUAGAUAGUGGCUUUCCAAGCAAGCUGAGCUCUCCCCUGACAUACUCCAACCUUACUACUGGACAAAGGAGACCCUACGGCCUGGGGCAGGGCCUUCAUUUUCCUUUCAUAUAAAAACUGAUUUAUUCCCCCUAUAA